UGUGUGUGCAUAUCACACAUAAUGACCGGCACAUGAUAUUUCCAUACAUGGAUCCAUUGGUUGUUUCCGGUACCCCUGUCGGCAAGAAAUGUCAGACGACGUGGCCGGUGAUGGAACAUGGUAGGCUGCGCAAAUAAAGAGCGGCGAUAUUACCUUGAGACUUUCGACAUGUUAUACAGGGAGAGCCAAUAAAGCGGAUAUCGAAUUAGGUGCAUUUUGUCCUUUUGUUUCAACGUCGUUUCGGUCCUUUCGCGCGACGUUGCAACAUGGGCCUGUGCAAGUGUCCGAAGAGAAGAGUAACUAAUCAAUUUUGUUUUGAGCAUCGUGUCAAUGUAUGCGAACAUUGCAUGGUCACGAGUCAUCCAAAGUGUAUAGUACAGUCAUACUUGUUAUGGCUCCAUGACCAUGACUACAAUCCAAUCUGUACACUGUGUUCCGCUAAAUUGAGCGAUGGGGAUUGCGUGAGAUUAACGUGCUAUCAUAUGUAUCAUUGGGUAUGUUUGGACCAAUACGCCAGGGACUUACCAGCAACCACAGCACCGGCGGGAUACACUUGUCCCACGUGUCGAGUGUGUAUUUUUCCGCCAUCCAAAUUGGUGUCACCAGUUGCGGAUGUUCUCAGGGAAAAAUUGGCCACUGUGAAUUGGGCUCGAGCUGGUCUUGGCUUACCAUUGUUAAGUGAUGAUAGAGAACAGAAAAUGGAACAAGAACGUCCUUCGAUAACAGUAGAGAGCACUUUGUUCCAAAACCACACAGUAGCUACGCCAGCAUCUCCUACAGUUGCUAUGUCUCGCACAAGUAGUAGUAUUAAUUCGCAUUCUACCGUUAGCAAUGUACAUACAAGCAAUCAAAAACUUGGCCCACCUUACUCAAUCGUAAAUAUUGAAUCGUCCCUUGGAUUAUCCAAUUCAGCAUCUAGGAAGGUAUGUGAAGCUUAUGACGAUCCGAAAGAUAUGUCUUUUGAUCACGAUGAGAACAAGUACCAGCGAAAAUCCGCCAUAGAAUGGUUCCUAAGAUGGUGGAAGUUGAUAUCAAGAGCACCAGUGCGUCGAAAAACCACGGGAUCUCUGUACAAGAGAUAUGCAGUGGUAAUCUUUAUCGGUUUAUUAUUCUUUGUUGGAAUUAUUCUGCUCUUUUCAUGGCUGGGCAGAAUGGCGACGGAUGGUGAUCCGAGCUUCAACGUAUUAGCAAAUCCUAAUGUAAAGCUUGGUGAUCAAUCUGUGUAAUGUUAUACCUGCACGCGAGAGCGAUAACAAUCGAACAAUUCCAGAAGUGUGAGAAAUGUGCUAAUGACGAGAUAUAUAAUUGCGAGAGAAGCGCCAAUGCAAUUGCAAUACGUGAAAAAGUGUAAUUUUAUGGUAGGACAUAUCUAGUGUAAGUCAUAGUAUAUGUAACAUUUGUUAAUUUUUAUGUAAAUUAUAUCUUACAUCAAAGUUGUAUAUUUAAAUCUAUAAAGGCUUAUCAAUUUAUAAACUACAAAAUUAUCGCAUCAAAA